AUGAAGGCUACUUCUAAGAGUGUCCUAAUUCAGCCACGUCUGUGGACACCUUUCAGUUCAAUCCAAUCGAUUUCGAUUUUACAGGAUUCGGAUGCUUUGAUCGAACGACUCAGAACCGGGAAUGAGCCACCGGGAGAUGUACCAUUUGUUCAACUUGAUGUCCCUGAUCCCCCACCAUGCUCAACCCAACUUCCUGGCCACGCUAAUGGAGAAAACGGUUACUCUGAGAAGAGCAGUCGUCGAAGGCGGUCUAGCAGUAUUGCUGAAAAUGGUGAUAAUGGAAUGCACUAUGCCUCGAUUCAAGUUUCCCCUGCUGUUGGUCGGGUUUCUAGUCCAUUUACAGGCGCGGAUCCCAUUAUUGAACCAACAGAGUGCCAUAAACUCACAGCGACGCCAACCACAACCUGUCCGAGUUUGAGUAAACCCGGAAGGCGAUUCAGCGUGAGUUUGGGAUCCAAGGAAGGAAGCACUGGGAAUGGACACAAUUUCCUUUGGAAGGUUUUCACUCGAAGGAGCAAAAGCCGAGAAGGCGAGAGACGAAGUGAAUCGCUCACUCAUGGGCGUCCAUUGAUAACCCAAUCUCCGCAUGAAUCACCAAAGAAAAUAGAAAUGGCUAAUGGGGAUAAAGAAAUUACAGAGGCACCGAUUUCGAGUAAUCUCCAGGAUGUCGACACAAGAUCAAAUCUAUCUGUUCCUACGCUAGUCCCUCUUAAUACUCCGCUAAUCAAUUCCUCCGGGUCAACGCAAGAGAAAGCUCAAGUUACCGAGCUCACUAGAUCACUUUCAUCUCCCUCCUCAAGCAGCAAUGACUUUUAUGGAACUAAAACAAAGCCGACUAACAAUCCAACUGUUUCUCAACCAAAAUCAACGUCUCCUGAGCGCUACUCAAUAGGAACGACAAAAAGUUCUUCUCAGAACGGUUCCCAUUAUCAGAGAGGAGCAAUAGUUGGAACAACUCCUGGUUCUAAUAUAACUCAACCGAAAUCUCCAAGAACUACCAGUCCAAGAAGAAAUGCUUACCAUCAACCUAAAAGGCAACAUGAAAAUAAUCAUCAUCAGCCUAAUAAACGAAAUGUAGAUAACAAAAUGGCUCAUCGAUCAUCUAUGAGCGAUCUAAUAGCUGUUGGGACAUGCAGAGCCCUGUAUGACUUUGAAAGUGCCCAAUAUGGAGAAACCUUUGUCUCUUUCAAAUCUGGAGACGAAUUGCGUCUGAUUUCGUCCAAUACAAAGUGGCAUGGAAGUCCAGAUACAGAUGGAUGGAUAUAUGCUGAAACGAUACCCCCCGUUAAUGAUCCGAAUGCCCUUGCCCGACGCGGAUUCAUUCCAGCAUCUUUUGUGGAAAUUACUCUCUACCCCGAACCCCAACCUCUCACUCUACCACGCAAACGCGAUUUUGAUGACGGCUCAAAUUUUAGGGGUAGUCAUAGCAAUCUUCGAAGUGAUAAAUCUUUUCUUGCUCUUGGACAAGCUACUGAACUCUAA